UCCUGCGGAACUCCGGUGACAAUUCCAUCUUCGCAGUUAUCAGGAACCCACAAAAUUCCCCAAACAAGGGAAUUGAUAGGGACCUACCGAUAAGAAGAUUAACAAUUAUGCGAUGUGAUUUGCGCGCAUUCAGCCGAGGUCACACCGCUAAACGGAGGCUGGUCUCCAACCUCCUCUCCACUUCAUUCGCAUCGGGGAGAUAACAUCCAGCAGGGCGCACUUAAAAACCAAGCUUUGGCGUGCCUGACCCCGGGGAAAUCCUGCACCUUAAAAAAAACUCAAACUAUACAUAGAAUCAUGCGAUCGUUCUGGUAUGUCGCAUGGUUGGGUGCUUGGCCCCUGACCCAGGCGCAAUUUGUGGCCCCUCCAACCGACCUGAUCGCCACCAAGGGUUAUCUGGAUGUCCCCGUCCGCUAUAAACAGGUCCCCAAUGGGAUCUGCGAAACCGAUCCCAGCGUCAAGAGCUUCUCUGGAUACCUGGAUGUAGCCGAACACGAGCACAUCUUCUUCUGGUUCUUCGAAGCCCGCAACCAGGACCCGGAAGAGGCCCCGUUGACCGUGUGGAUCAAUGGAGGCCCCGGGUCAUCCUCUAUGAUUGGGCUUUUCCAAGAGAAUGGUCCCUGUGGGGUGGACUCCAAUGGCUCCGUCUACAACAACCCGUACUCCUGGUCGAACGCCAGCAACAUGCUGUACAUUGACCAGCCCGUGCAGACGGGCUUCUCCUACAGCAUCCCCGUGCCAGCCUAUGUCGAUUCCGAGACCGACAAUGUCAUCACCUUGCCCUCGACCAGCUGCCCGGACUAUGCGGCCGGUCUCUCCUGUGGCACAUAUUCCUAUCCCAACGUGAGCCUGACGGCCAACUCCACCGACAACGCGGCACCCAACUUCUACCGGGCCCUACAGGGCUUCAUGGGGGCCUUCCCACAGUACGCCCGGGAGUCCUUCCAUUUCACCACGGAGAGUUAUGGAGGCCACUAUGGACCCGUGUUCAACGAGUACAUCGAGCAGCAGAACGCCCACCUCCUGCACGGAGCCAAGAAGAUUCAACUGGAAAGUGUGAUGAUCGGGAAUGGGUGGUACGAUCCCAUCAUCCAGUACCAAGCCUACUACAACUUCACCGUCUACCCCGGCAACACCUACGACUACGCCCCAUACAACGACUCGAUCAGCGCUCUCCUCUACAAUCAGCUCUACGGCCCGGGCAACUGCCUCAGCCAGCUCCUCGACUGCGCCGCGCGCGGCACCAACGAGAUCUGCAGCGUGGCCGACAACUUCUGCGCGAACGAAGUCGAAAGCGUGUACGACAACUACCUGGGGCGCGACGAGUACGACAUCCGGGAAUUGACGCCGGACCCCUUCCCCUACGAGUUCUACGUCGACUACCUGAACACGGCGCGGGUGCAGGCGGCGAUCGGGGCGUACGUCAACUUCACGGAGAGCAACAACGCGGUCUACGAGGCGUUUUCAUCCACGGGGGACGACGGGCGCCGCAUGAACACCACCGAGGACGUUGCCGCCCUGCUGCGCCAGGGCGUGACGGUGGCGAUGUACGCGGGCGACGCCGACUACAAUUGCAACUGGCUGGGCGGCGAGGCGGUCGCGCACAAGGUCGGCGCCCCCGGGUUUGAGAGCGCGGGCUACACGAAUAUCACCACCGCGGACGGGGUCGUGCACGGCCAGGUGCGUCAGGCGGGGCGGUUUGCCUUUGUGCGCGUGUAUGAGAGCGGCCACGAGGUCCCCUUUUACCAGCCGCUGCUGGCGUUGGCGAUGUUCGAGCGCGUGAUUGCCGGCAAGGAUAUCGCGACGGGGUCGGUGGACGCGACGACCGGGUAUAAGACGGUCGGGUCGUUGAAGAGUACCUACCGCGAGGGCAAUGGGACGGUGCAGUGGUCGGUGUUGGAUUCGCUGGCGACGUAUAAUACCACGACGAAUGCGCCGAAUCCCACCGGGACCAAGCGGUGGAGACAGAAGGGGUUGCGGAAGAGUGCUUUGCGGCUGCAGAUGUAAUGGGUGGUUUCAUGCGAUGGAUGUAUGCAGUGGUCAUGUCUCUAAUAAGCGGUCUUCACUAAUUCGCUACAUCGUCAAGCUUUACCAGCAACCUCCCCUACACCAACACCGGAAACUCG